CUUUAAAUAGCAGCCGUUCUAAGGAAAGUAGCAACCGCACACAAACAGUCAUCUUCUACUCUCCAGCUCCCUCCAUUUUUGUCACACUCUUCCCCCAAAACUAUGGCGACCACCACCGAAACCCAAAUCCGAUUCGGAAUUCUGGGUUGCGCCGAGAUCGCCCGGAAGAUCUCUCGGGCCAUAACUCUGGCUCCCAACGCCACUCUUUACGCCGUCGGUAGCCGUUCGCUGGAAAAAGCCAAAGCCUUUGCCUCCAACAACAAUUUCCCUCCCAACGCAAAAGUUUACGGCUCCUACGAAGAAGUUCUCGAAGACCCAGAUGUUGACGCCGUCUAUAUUCCUUUGCCGACCAGCCUCCAUAUCCGGUGGGCUGUUCUAGCCGCCCAGAAGAAGAAGCACAUACUACUUGAGAAACCCGUGGGUUUGAACGUGGCGGAGUUCGAUCCCAUCAUCGAUGCUUGUGAGUCUAAUGGAGUUCAGAUUAUGGACGGGACUAUGUGGAUGCACCAUCCUAGAACCGCAAGUAUGAAGAAGUUUCUCUCUGAUCUUCACCUUUUUGGUCAGCUCAAAUCGAUACAGACAUGCUUUACUUUUGCUGUUGAUGAUGAUUUUCUAAAGAAUGAUAUCCGUGUAAAGCCUGAUCUCGAUGGCCUUGGUGCCCUUGGUGAUGAAGGAUGGUAUUGUAUCAGGGCAAUCCUGUGGGCUGCCGACUAUGAACUUCCUAAGACGGUAAUAGCCUUACGUGGAGCUGCUCUUAAUGAAGCAGGGGUCAUUUUAUCUUGUGGGGCAUCAUUACAUUGGGAUGAUGGGAAAGUAGCAACCUUCCACUGCUCUUUCUUAUCACAUUUGACAAUGGAUAUCACUGCAAUUGGGACAAAGGGAACCUUGCAUGUCAACGAUUUUAUCAUCCCUUUCCAAGAGCACGAGUCCUCAUUUUCUUUAGCUUCAAAAUCUUGGUUCGAUGAACUCGUAACCAGUUGGGAUCCAACACCAAGUAAGCAGAUCGUUACCACAGACCUCCCUCAAGAAGCUAUGAUGGUGAAAGAGUUUUCUCGUUUGGUAGGAGAGAUUAAGAAAGGCUCGAAACCUGAGAAAAAAUGGCCAACAAUCAGUAGGAAGACACAACUGGUGCUCGAUGCAGUCAAGGCAUCGGUUGAAAAAGGUUACGAGCCUGUUGAGAUUUGAUGUUGAUUAUGGCCUCUCUGAUUGGUCUUCUCAAUGUAUUCAGGUGUUUGCUGUGAAAUAAGGCGUGCUUUCUCUUUCUUUUAUGAAUAAAAGAUGCUCCAUUCUGUUUUAUGCUUCAUUUAUUAUACUUAUCCGAGUGUAUGGUGUCUGCUAAGGACAUAAGUAUUUGGAUAUAUCCCACUUUUAUCCUAAAUUUUUAUGAUCCUAUAUUUCUGUUUA